CUUGCUGGAGUUCAUUGUGUGGUGCAGCAGAAAGUGAGGUUAAGAAGUCCUCUCUUUAUAUUUAUUUAUACUAACACUCAAAGAAAAAUGUCAAGUAGCGGUGUCGGAAGGGGUAGAGGAUGGUUAAAUUUGAGUAAAAGUCAGAAUGUUACAGUUGUACCCCCUCGACCUGGAAGCAGCCCUACAUCAAUUAACCCACUUUCCCCAAACUUAGCUUUAAUAGAUGAUGCCCAAUUUGCAGACAAAUCAAACGAAUUUACUGAUCUCAUAAGUAUUGUUAAACAAUUAAAUUUAAAUGAUGAUGGCAUUAAAUUUAACCAGAAGAAAAAACAUAUACUUGAAUCGUGGAAAGAGAGUUGCCAAACUAGUGAAGACGUAGAGCGCUGCUUUGAUGCAAUUCAUCAGGCCUGUUUAAGUGAUGCUGACUUGGGUUCCAAACUUGUUUAUAUGAUAUCAGCAAGAUCCUUUAUUAGCCAAGAAAUUCAUGACCAAAAUAUACGCUUGAUGUUUUUACGAAAAUUGCAGAAUAAUUUUGAAGGCUGUAAACUUUUACAGAAAACUAAUCCCGUUGCGUUCCGUAAUAGUGUUCAAAUGUUGGGAGAGUUCUACCAUAAAGCUAGAUUAGCAAAUGGUCAACAAUUAACUUUUAUGGCGACCCCAUUCAUGACCUAUCUGGAAAUGUUGUUGGAGUCUACACAAUCUCUUGAUCUCAAACUUUUUACUGCGCAGCUUUAUUUGAAUGGUGCCUCGAUCAAAAAUGAAUCUCCGGACAAAAUUAUUGAAAUUUUAAACAAAGUUCGAUUGUUGUUGGCUUCUGAAAAACAGUUAACAAGGGAAUGUAAGUUAUGGUUACUGCUUGCCUUAGAUAUAGCCAAUAGUAAAUUUGCAAUUCUUCCGGCUGAAGUAUAUACAUUUUACCAUGACCAACUGGGAGAAGCAGCUAUGGUCACUUUUCAGGGGGUGCAUGGAACUCUAAGUGUACAAACAACACACACCAGUGCUACAUUAGACAGUUUUCAAAGUAGCGUCAACGUUCUGCAAUUAUCUACUCCCUUAGACACUGCCAACAAUCAAGUAUCCCCAUCCAGCAACACUCAACCCGAUUUGAACAGUACAUCUUUCGGUAGCAGCGGGUUUGCAUCAGAUUCUAGUCACAGUUCCACCGCAAACAGGGACACUAAUUCACAUGGCGGCAAACACGGACGACCUAUAUUAGGUUCAGGUGCCAGAUUUAACAAGAACAGAUCGAAUGAUGAGUCUAACUCUAACUGGAGAGAGCGAGACCAAUCGGGAGGUUGGGGUGGUCGGCAGAAAACUCAGGGGGGCAGGGGGGACAGUAGAAAGAAUACGAAGGCAGGUAAAGGUUGGGAACAUGACGACAGGUUUGAGAAUGAUUAUAGUUAAGGAUUUUUUUAUGUUAAUGUAAGUAUCUCAUUGACAUGAUUUUAUUAUUAAUUUGUGCAAGU